AUGAAGUGCUACUACAGCAGGUGCUGCUGGUUUGUCCUCCUGAUUCUUGUUCUUCUUCAUCUGGAGUCGGAAUGGGUUGCUGCAGCCAACAAGCAUGGCACUUCGAAUGUUAAUAUUAAAACCAGACAAUAUGGUGGUACUCUAUCUUUUACUUAUUAUGAGAAUACAUGCCCUGACCUUGAGACCAUUGUCCACCAAAAAAUGGAAGCUUGGAUCAAACAGGACUUCACUUUGGCACCCAGCAUCAUCCGCCUCCAUUUCCACGACUGCGCUGUUCGGGGAUGCGAUGCUUCAAUUCUACUAAACCAUGCAGGAAGCGAAAGGAGGGCCUAUAAUAGCAGAACAUUGCGCGGUUUUCAAGUUAUCGAUGACAUUAAGGUGGAGGUUGAGAAGAGAUGCCCAAGAACGGUCUCUUGCGCUGACCUUCUCACCGUUGCUGCGAGAGAUGCCACCGUUAUGGCUGGAGGCCCCUUUUGGGAAGUUCCCUUCGGGCGGAAGGAUGGGCGUAUAUCCAUUUCUAGGGAAGCUGAUAUGGCUCCCAGUGGCCACGAAAACAUAACUACACUUAUCAACUUCUUCCAAGCUCGAGGCCUCAAUGUACUUGAUUUAGUUGCCUUAUCUGGGUCACACACGAUUGGAAGGUGCAGUUGCAGUUCCAUUCGACAAAGACUAUUUAAUUAUAAUCAAACAGGCAAGCCUGACCCAUCGAUGAUUAUCCAAUAUUCGAGCCUUCUGAAGAAGAAAUGCACGAAGGACUAUUAUUUGAUUGAUCUCGAUGCUAUGACUCCAAGGACUUUCGACACAAUGUAUUAUUCCAAUCUUGGUAAUCAGAUGGGGCUGUUAACAACUGAUCAAUUGCUCUACUUAGAUGCGAGGACUGCGCCUUAUGUUGACGCAUUGGCGUCUCAGCCUGAUCUCUUCAUGACCCAGUUUGCUGUAUCAAUGGUGAAGCUAGGAAACACCCAAGUCCUUACUGGUGGAAGGCAGGGAGAAAUUAGGCUGAACUGCAAUUAUGUUAAUCUUUGA